CACUAGGCAUUUGCUGAAAAUGAACCCAGCCUUGUUUCAUGCUUACUGAAUAUAUUUCACAUCCCCCUCUCUUUCCACAAACUCUUGCAUUCUGGUCUAUCCUCUAAAGUCUGUAUAUAAACGCCGGUCCAUGCCCAGCGGGUUCUAUUGUUCCUGACCAUCACAACAUCAACCAUUUACUUGAUAGCCAGAUCUGCCUAACAAGCAAAAAACAGUUGUUUUUCUUCAUUUCGCAAACUAGCCCCUGCCCUUUUAUACAACCUAAUCAUCAUGAAGUCUUUCGCUGUCGUCGCUCUUGCCGCCGCUGCUGUUGUUGCCGCCAAUGGCGCUCAGCCUGCCCCCGACCACCAGAAGGUCUACUCGACUAUCCUCGGCCCGCAGUACUACCAGAACGCCGCCCCUGUGGUCGUUGCUGCCUCGACGGUGGUCCAGAAUGCUGGCUCCGAUGAGGUCACUGUCACCUCCACCGUCACCAACGGCGCCACUGCCAACGCCCUCUCGCUCGGCUCGGCUCUGCUUGCUGGCUCUCUGCUCUUCUACAUGUAAGCCGAGUAUCAGGAAUGAGAAAAAUUACGGUUCAACGAGAAAUUUCUAGGAAUUGCAGGUUCCCUCCUCUCGUUUUGCAAUUUCAAGAACAGAAAUACAUAUUUUUGAAAUUGAA